AAGCUGAUGCUCUUUCGAAAUAUGAAGGUCACGCAAUAAAAGUGCUAAUGAAAAAAAGCGUAAAAACCAAAGAUAGAACUGCUGGUGGGUUAUCGAUCGCAACCGCUUGUUGCCGUAGUUAAUAUUAGUACGGAUCCAACAAUUCAGCAGCCAGCUGAUACAUGACAGCGCGUCUGUAGUUCAGUACUGCAGCUGUGGUAAAAUAGAAACAACAAUCCAGGCGUUCAGUCUGUCACAGUCAGGGAACCUAAUCAUACAUUAGUAUGUUGCCUAAAAUACUAAAUCGUUCCAUAUAUCAGCUAUAUUCGCCGGCAAACAGUAAAAUAUUUAGUGCAGUGGCUCCUGCUUUUAAAUUCUAUUCACAAAAUGCUAAACGGAAAUAUGAUAUUGUGGUUCUUGGAGGUGGAAUUGUUGGAACGGCUUCCGCAAGAGAAAUUUUAUUGCGACAUCCUCGAUUGAAAGUUGCUGUAGUGGAGAAGGAACCAAAACUAGCAUUUCAUCAAAGUGGUCAUAAUAGCGGAGUCGUUCAUGCUGGAAUAUAUUACAAGCCUGGCUCUUUGAAAGCGAAACUCUGUGUGCAAGGUCUUGAUUUAAGCUAUAAAUAUUUCGACGAAAAAAAUAUACCGUACAAGAAAGUGGGUAAAUUGAUUGUCGCAACGAAUGACAUUGAGGUGACGCGUCUGAAUGACUUAUAUGAACGAUCCCUUGCAAACAAUGUUCCCGAUGUACAACUUGUUGAUGCAAAACGCAUAAAAGAGAUAGAACCGUACUGCAAAGGAAUCAAAGCAAUAUGGUCCCCUCAUACAGGAAUCGUAGACUGGGCCUUAGUGACUCAGUAUUAUGCUAAAGAUUUCAAAGAUGCUGGCGGAGAAGUUUAUCUUAAUUUUGAAGUAACGCAAUUUGAAGAAACGAAGGACCCCAACUAUCCGACGUUACUGAGAAGUAAAAAUAACGAUACGGUCCAGUCUAAAUAUGUUUUGACGUGUGGCGGUUUGCAAUCAGACAAAAUAGCCGAACUUACAGGAUGUGCGCCGUUACCGAGAGUGGUACCUUUCCGUGGCGAAUACUUGUUGUUGAAUCAGGAUAAAUGCCACAUGGUCAAAGGAAACAUUUAUCCAGUGCCCGAUCCAAGAUUUCCUUUCCUUGGAGUUCACUUCACACCUAGAAUGGACGGCAAAGUUUGGCUCGGACCCAACGCCGUUCUAGCAUUUAAACGGGAAGGAUACAGUUGGUCUGAUUUUAAUUUGCUAGAGUUUUUGGAUGCAUUGAAGUUCCCUGGUUUAAUCAAGAUGGGAUGGAAGUUCAUGGGAGCUGGUAUUCAAGAGAUUGCCAAGUCUGCAUUUAUCCCCCUUCAGGUAAAAGAAUUACAAAAAUUUAUCCCGGAUAUUCAAGAGUACGAUGUUCAACGAGGGCCUGCAGGUGUUCGAGCGCAGGCGCUUGACAAUGAUGGUAACCUAGUUGACGAUUUUGUUUUUGAUCAUGGUAAAGGUGAGAGUGCGCUAUCCAAAAACAUUCUACAUUGUAGAAAUGCACCUUCACCUGGAGCAACCAGUUCCUUAGCAAUCGCCAAAAUGAUUGCAGACAAAAUUGAACAGGAGUUCAACAUUAAGUGAAUAUUUUACAUCAAAUAAAAAACGUUACAAUUGUUA